AUGGGCUCAAUCCCUCUUCAUUGCAGCAUUUGUCCGAAAGAACCAGAUUUCAGUGAUGUCUCCCACCUUCUUACGCACAUAUCUUCCAAGGGGCAUUUGUCCCAUUAUUUCAAAGCCCAAGUGCAGGCUCGGCAAGAUGCAGAAAUACGUGAAAAAGUCAAUGCCUUUGAUUCCUGGUACGACUGCCACCAAAUCGAGAGACUGCUAUCUCAGCGCAUGAGCGCCAAACAAGCUCAGCGGGGUACCAAUGCGAAGAAAUCAAUCCGAUCGAAAAGCACUGCCAGACAGGCAAGCCAAAAACAGGCCGAUGAGCGACGAAGGAAAACCUCGCUCAAUGAAUCAAACAUUGAUCCACAACUUGCAGCCCGUCCUUCCCCAUUGCACUUGCAACCUAGCAAUCAACAUUCGCCCAGCCCUCAAGCCGGUCUCAAAGGUCGUGCGCCGGUCCCUCGCAUGAUUGACUGGGCCAAAGAAAGCGAUGUGAGCCCCAGAAGUCCUGGUGGUGCGUGUCCUGAUACUUUUCAUCAACAAGAGAAGGGCCCUUUCACUGCUUUGGACUCUGUAUCCAUAGACCCUUUUCGGUCCAAUGCAAAACAGCCUGUAGAAACAAGGUAUCCAGACCCUUUAGAUCUUCCGCCAUAUCUGCAGGAAAAUGAUCAGGAGAGCAUCCAGACAGACAAAGUCGAAGAACCUAUCGAGCCUGGAUCAUCGCUGAAAGGAAUCGUCUACCCGGGCAUGUCUUUAUUUGAUUCUGCAAGUUAUGAAGCUCAACGUCUGCGUAAUCAGAAGAAGCAUGGAUCAGUGCUGGAGCAAAUGGAGAUGGACUCGAUUGCCAUUGAACCUACAGAGCGUGUUUUCUGGCCUGACGGGCAAGUGAAAAUAGAAAGGGUCAUCACUGGCAAUGUCGAAAGUAGUCCUUUGAAAGAACCAACGCCUCUUCCAAAACCUCCCAAACGUCCACGGACGAGAGCAAGGAAAGCUCUUGAAGACGUUGGGACUAACGUGCCGCGCGGGAGUAGAAAGCGGUACCCAAAGCCCCCAAUCACUCGAACCGUGGGGAAAAUCACACCGGCGGCACUUGAGAGCAUGGCUGACAUGGCUCUACAUACACUUCGAGCAGUGUUUCCAAAGAUCGCUCACACUGGCGAAGAUCUUGCUGAAGACGGAUACCUUGAACCAAGGAUGCCUACUCAUGGGACUCCUACUCGCCGCAAAGCAGAGUUCUCGGUUUUCAGAGAUCUCCUGAAUCUGGACACGGAGAAAUCAAGUCUUAAUGGGCAAUCUAGUGAUGGGAAGUCAUCGCCGACACAACAUUUCACCUCCCAGAUCGAUUCGCAGCAGACAUGCCUGACCCAAUUGGAGUCAGAGGUUCGCGACGAGUCUUAUCAUGAACUUCUGAUGCAUUCUCCAGUUUCAAAUACCCAAUCAGCUACCACGAACAAAUUCUGUCAAUCCUUCCUCGAGAGUGAUAAAGAAAACCUGAUGGUCUUGACAGGUCAUCCUAGCAGAGCAACGUUUGACAGGUCUCAAGAAUUGAAGCCUAGGAUCACGCAGAGGUAUUUCUCUGUUGUGGGUAAUCAGACGCCGCAAUUUUUCAGCAGCAUGCCGCCACAAAUGGAAUUCGGAGGAUCUUGUGGCCCGACAUUUCGUGGAAGUCAGUUGAAUCCUCUAAGCUCUGGACGGGGAGAUCAUUAUCAGCAACCCCGCUUCUAUGCGCAAGAUACAAAUUUGAAUUCGCUACAGACUUGUGUACCUCGACCUCAAACUCAGGCCGAGUAUUUGCCCGAACAACGUCAACACCGUUCGCAGGGGGGACGCAGCAUGAGAGGUUGA